AUGACUUCAUCACCGGCGGGCAACACCCUGCUCCUCAAACGACAGCUCACCGAGCUCCGCAAGCGGCCUGUCGACGGCUUUAGCGCCGGUCUCAAAGAUGAGAGUAAUCUCUUCGAAUGGGAGAUCAUGAUCAUCGGUCCCAACGAUACACUGUACGAAGGCGGUUUCUUGCGAGCAGAGUUGAUAUUUCCGCCAGAGUACCCUUUGCUUCCUCCCAAGAUGAAGUUCAUCACGCCCAUGUGGCACCCCAAUAUCUACGCCGACGGGACCGUAUGCAUUUCGAUCCUGCAUGCGCCUGGCAAGGACGAGUGGGGCUACGAGGACGCAAGUGAGCGAUGGCUCCCCGUGCACACCGUGGAAUCGAUCCUCAUCUCGGUUAUUAGUCUGCUCUCGGCCGACGUGCCCAACACCGACUCGCCAGCCAACAUCGACGCUGCCAAGCAGGUCAGGGAAGACAUUGCUGGCUACAAGAAGAAGGUGCGACGGCUGGUCCGACAGUCCGCAGAAGAGGCUUUCGACUGA